UUAUUGUAUUUUACAUGUUGUAUGCGGCUAACUUGUGUCACAUGACAAUCCAAAAUGGCGACGAUCGACAUUCGCCUGAAGAAAGUGAAUAAGGUUUAUAAGGAAGGGGAUGUCGUGUCCGGCGUGGUGGUGGUGCAGAGUCGUGGAGAGCUGCAGCACCAGGGCAUCACCCUUGCCGUAGAUGGUGUUGUUAAUCUACAACUCAGUGCCAAGAGUGUUGGAGUCUUUGAGGCCUUCUACAACUCUCUCAAGCCUAUGCAGUUGAUCAACUACAACCUCGAGGUCGCCAAGCCAGGCAAGUUACCAUCAGGGAAGACUGAGAUCCCCUUCGAGGUACCGCUCCGAGCCAAGGCGGGGAAAACCCUGUAUGAGACGUACCAUGGAGUCUUUGUCAACAUACAGUACUGUGUGAAGGUGGACAUGAAGAGGUCACUGCUCAACAAGGACCUACAGAAGCAGACAGAGUUCAUCCUGGAGUAUAAGGAACAAGAAGAGAAGUCCAAGCCCAAACCUGUCAACUUCACGAUUACUCCAGAAACAUUGUCAAACAUAAAGGAGAAACAAAACGUGCCAAGGUUCAAAGUUAAAGGAAAGCUCAGCUCUUCCAAUCUGCAGAUAACGAAGCCUUUAACUGGAGAGCUGCAGGUGGAUCAGUGUGAUGCACAGAUCAAGUCUAUCGAGAUCCAGCUGGUCCGAGUGGAGACGUGUGGCUGUGCAGAGGGCUAUGCUAAAGAUGCCACAGAGAUACAAAACAUCCAGAUAGCUGACGGGGACGUGUGUCGCGGACAGAACAUCCCCAUCUUCAUGAUCUUCCCCCGUCUCUUCACCUGCCCAACAUUGUCAACAAGCAACUUUAAAAUUGAGUUCGAGAUCAACAUUGUCCUGGUGUUCCACGACGACCACCUUGUGACUGAGAACUUCCCCAUCAAACUGACACGCUUCUGAACAAAACAUGCAGGUGUUCCUUGUCAACAAUUUAUUUCCAUGGUGUUUCAGUACUUAUUUCUUUUAAUUUCCUCAGAAUUGCAAGUAUAAAAAGGUACAUUUAUUAAAUAUCCUUUGUUGUUCUUGUUAGUGCUGUUAUUUAUUUUAUUAUUUGGAAAUGUCAUUUUUGUUAAAUCGGUGAAAGUGAUGAAAGAAUAGUUUCAAGCAACAGGACUUUAGUAGUGCUCGGAAGAUUCUGUUGGCCAUCUGUAUGUUUGAAUGAAUGUGAACAUUUGUAAAUACAAUAUUGUACAUAUAUGUCAUCACUUAUGAUAUGUAAAUAAAUGAAUGUAAACAAA